AUUGAUUUUUGGGAUCCCACAUGACCAUGAAUGACGAUCAUUAGUGCUAAAGAAUAUCUUCGUCAAAAGCUGAUUAUGACAAUCUUUAAUAUAAACAAUGACGGUUGCACCAUACAAGAGAAAGAUUUAGAAAUAAGGUAACAUUUUAUGUAAUUAAGAGAACAAAUGAAAAAGCCAUCCUACCCACCUUUUAUUUUUAAUCUGUAAACGGUAAAACGUAUAUAAGAUGAACAACAUGGAGAAUGUGGUUGUAGUUCCCAUUUCCUUGUCAAACUAUACACACCCCCUAUCCCAACUACAACCAACCAUAGGUAUGCAAGUCAUACCUACUUUGCCUCAGCAUUCUCUUAAGCUUAAAGUACAUUACCAUAUGUCUCUCUCCAUCUGUUGUUGGAAGAUGUUUUGUUAAGUAUUCUUCUAAUCUAACCUCACUUGCUGCAUACGUAUUCCAUAGAGAAUUCCCAUUCUAUCAACUCUUUCAAACGCAUGCAAAUAAGUCAAAGUUUUUAACUUUACACACCCCUCUCUCUCCUGUAUCAAAAAAGUGUUUACUUCAAAAUUCUUAGCAUCAUCUACUUGUAACUGAGUUUGUAAUUGAAUUAAUCAUCUUUAUCCAAGUGCAUGUUUCCUAUGUUAGAAUCUACCAGUUCAAUCCUUUAGCAGAGAACAAAUUAGAUAGAGCAGCCAAUCAUGCCAUUCGGGUUAGUCUCAGCGUGGAACAAGCGGCGAAGAACAAAGUCUCAAGAUCAUACAGAUCCCUGGAUUUACAAACCUGCACAACUUUGGCAACUUGAUGAUAAAACACCACCUCCAACAAAAAGGUUGCAUGGUUCAUCUGUUUUCACACUCAAGGAGAUGGAAGAGGCAACAUGUUCAUUCAGUGAAGAAAAUCUGCUUGGAAAAGGAGGAUUUGGCAAAGUCUAUCGAGGCACUCUGCGGUCAGGAGAGGUUGUAGCAAUCAAGAAAAUGGAGCUUCCAGCAAUUAAAGAAGCAGAGGGGGAACGCGAAUUCCGAGUCGAAGUUGACAUUUUGAGCAGACUCAACCACCCAAAUCUUGUUUCUUUGAUAGGCUACUGUGCUGACGGAAAGCAUAGAUUCCUAGUAUAUGAAUAUAUGAUAAAUGGGAACCUGCAAGAUCAUUUGAAUGGAAUUGGAGAAAGAAACAUGGAUUGGCCUCGAAGACUACAUGUGGCCCUGGGAGCUGCAAAAGGGCUUGCUUAUCUCCAUUCAAGUGCUGAUGUUGGAAUUCCUAUUGUUCAUAGAGAUUUCAAAUCGACCAAUAUUCUAUUAGAUGCCAACUUUGAAGCAAAGAUAUCUGAUUUUGGGCUUGCCAAGUUAAUGCCGGAAGGACAGGAGACACAUGUGACUGCCAGAGUGCUCGGUACCUUUGGUUACUUUGAUCCCGAGUAUACAUCGACAGGGAAACUCACUCUCCAAAGUGACGUCUAUGCUUUUGGUGUUGUUCUUCUGGAGCUUUUGACUGGACGUCGAGCUGUAGAUCUAAACCAGGGUCCUAAUGAUCAGAACCUUGUACUGCAGGUGAGGCACAUACUGAAUGACCGCAAGAGGCUUCGUAAGGUGAUAGAUCCAGAGAUGGCUCGAAAUUCUUACACCAUUCAGUCUAUAGUCAUGUUUGCCAAUCUGGCAUCAAGAUGUGUACGUACUGAAAGUAAUGAGAGGCCUUCAGUGGCAGAUUGUGUAAAAGAACUCCUAAUGAUUAUCUAUACAAAUUCAAAAGGCUUGGGAAUGGUUAUGCAUAGUUUCAGACUGAUCUAGUGAAGUUUAGACACAAGAAUUAUAAUGAUUUCUUGUUGAAAAUAAAAGAGUAAACUCUAUUCGGAAGUUUUUCCAUAUUUAUACACUAGACCAAUUAAUAUGACCACAAGUAUUUUGACUCACUGUGUACAAAACAUAACUAAUUUGAUGAUCUUACGAGAUGAGGAACUAAGUCUGUUGUGGACAAA